CUUCACAUUCUACUUCUCUGCUUUGGAAACACGACAUGCAACCACAGGACCCUUCUAAACAAUGAGAGGAAAUUCGCUAUACAACAUCAGAUUGUAGACUGUACUGAGGAUUUUUUCAGAUCAGUUAUGGUGGAAAGGAAUGGUUGUACUUCUUGUUUGACAACAAUCAGGGUGCUGCGAGUUUCUCUCAUAGAUGAACUAGAGGGACGGAUUGACUCUCUGCUGGACAUCUUAGUAUGCCGGGAGGUGUUCACUCGUGAUGACCGCGAGGAGGUGUUGAGCUGCUCUGGGCCACGUGCAAGAGUAAGAAAGGUGUUGGAUAUUCUGGAGUGUAAAGGAGAGGAAGCAGCUAAAAUUUUUCUCUCAGUUAGCAGCCAUCAUCAGCAAGAAGCACAGACAAACUCCAAAGAAGGGAACACUGAUCAGCUUCAGUCCGUAGAGUAUAACAAAGUCAAACAAAAGCAUAAGGAUGUCCUCAGGCGCCGGAGUGAGAGCAUGCUCCUCUACAACACUCGGCACGGAGAGAAAAUCCUUUUUUCUGAACAUUAUGUCAAUCUCUUGUUGGUUGAUGGACACCAGGGACUGGACAUAAAAAAACAUGAGGUUCUAACUUUUGGACAAAACCGACUAUGUUUGCAGCAAAAGUCAGUAGUGCAUAGGAAAAUCACACCAGCUAAACUCUUUUCAAGCACAAAUGGAAACAGUCCAGUCAAGAAAGUUCUGGUGACAGGGGUGGCGGGUAUCGGAAAAACCAUCCUGGUGCAGAAGAUGCUGUUUGAUUUUGGGGGAAACAGGGACAAUCUUGCAUUUGACUUCAUUAUUCACAUGACCUUCAGAGACCUGAACCUUAUCGACAAACCUACAAACCUCCAGGAGAUGGUCUUGCGUAAAAAUAGGCACCUGGCGAAGGAACUGGAUAACAUUUUAGCAAAUGAAGACAAACUGCUGAUAAUUUUGGACGGCUUUGAUGAGUUCAAACACUACAGGAGCUGUGAUGUAGACGUAUUUGUAACUGAGCCAGAUGAAGAUGCAGAGGUGGUGGAGGUCUUUGGGAGUCUGAUUCAAGGUGAACUGCUACCCAACGCUUCUGUCAUGGUUACAAGUCGACCUGCUGCUAUCAACCACAUCCCCGUAGGCUGCAUUGACCGCUUUGUGCUCAUUGCUGGCUUCUCCUUGGCUGAAGUUCAAGAUUUCUUCUCACAUUACUUCCAAGACAGUGCCCUUGCGGACCGCAUGCUCGCUGUGGUAUCAGAGAAUGAACUAAUGCUGACACUGUGCUACAUACCUGCAUUUUGCUACAUUGUAUGCUGCCUCCUCAAAGAAAGCAAAGACCUCUGUAGAGAGAGCCCCAAGACCAUGACAGACAUUUAUAUGCAGUAUCUAGUUGCCUUGCUUCGCUCUCACACUCAAACGAGAGCCGAAACAUUUCUUCAAGAGCAAAGACCAGGGGCCGCCCAGCAGCUGUCGGAUAUUGUACUGAAGCUUGGUCGACUUGCCUUCCAAAAACUGAUGGAGCAUCAAACACUAUUCUACAGCAGUGACCGCGAUGUUGCAGCGUUAGAGGGAUGUAGCCUUGUAAGUACCUUCCUUGACAAGACAGUGACACAAGAGCCCGGCUACACUGAAGAGGUUUACUCUUUUGCACACCUUACUGUUCAAGAAUUCUUUGCGGCAGUUUAUUGUGCAGUGACGGAUCAUCCUUUACCUGAUACACUUCGGCACACCACAAAUCCUGCAGAGGGGUCCACCUAUGGACAUUUGGACCUUUUCAACCGUUUCCUGUCUGGAAUUCUCUCUGAACGCAAUGCUAAUCUUCUGUUGAGGCAGGUAGGACUGUGUUGCCAUAAAGAAAAAGUAGAAACCUAUCGUCAGAGGAUCAUCAGAGAACUUACAAUUCUCUGUGAGAGUGGGGGCCAUAUCUUAAACCAUUUACACUGCCUAUUUGAGCAACAGGACCCCUCUUUGGCCCUUGCUGUACAACCAAAGACACUACGAGUUAAUGUUAGUGAUGAAACACUCUCCCAAAUGGAUUACAACACCAUCAAGUACUUCCUAAAUCUUACAAAAGGCAAAAUAUUAGAGCUGGAUCUAACAGGGACGGGAGUAAGCUACGAGGCACUUAGAGAUAUUGAGCCCCUCCUGCUCAGAUGUGAGAAUCUUUGGCUGGGUGAAAACAACCUAAAUAUGGAAGCAGUUCAGGUCAUUGCCGAUGUGCUGCAAGGAUCAGAAAGUCUAACCUGCCUAGGACUUGGUUGGUCAAACAUUGGUGAUGAAGAACUACUGACCCUGUCUAGUGCCAUACGGAUAAAAAGGAAGCUACAAGAAUUGUGGAUGGAGGGGAACCGAGUAAGUGACACAGGUCUGCUGUCACUCAGUGAUUUGACACCAAAUCCUCUGAAAAAAGUUGUGGCCAUAUGGAAUGACCAGACUGACUCAGAGACCUUUUACAAUGAUGACAGCAUAACUGUGAACUUCACGGAUGAUGAAACAUGGGAAUCAUGGGGGGAAUGGGUCAUUAAAAGGUGUGAGGUCAGCAGCAACGAGAAGUUAGUGAUGGUACUCCACAAAGUGUGCAACGUUCCAGUCCACUGCUUAGAAGCCCAGUGGGCAAAGGCCUUCUACAAAGAACUGUCAAACCUCAUUGAGCGCAGGAUUGAGUGCUGCACCGAGGAUGACAUGUGCAAGAAGCUCAAAAAGUUUGAGGGCAUUCUGAAACUCUGACAGACAGAUGUACACAGCUAUAAGCUAUAAGGUCAAAUAUUGGCUAUCAUCUGAUGGCAAUUUAACCCCUGUGAGGGCAAUGUCCAGUGCAGCCAGCAGAGAUCUUGAAAACGGCUAACAGAUGCCUGGUCCAAGACUUCCUCUGCAGUCUGAUUAGCAACUUGAUAGAUGAAAUUUUUACCUCUUUAAACAGAUAUCUACAUAACUUUUUAAAACGCUAAAAAAAAAAGAAGCUAAAGUGUCACCUAGAUUAUGACUGAUUAUCACCUAAUCUGGAUUUCAAUAAUGUGUUUUGUUCUCCACAUGGACUGUUGCAUCCAAAUCCCACUCAAACAUAAAUUGGUCAAUACUACUCAGACUACAAACACUGCUGAAUAUUUUGUGCAAAACAAACUGGUUGCGGAGCACAAAAGGGAAAAACAGGUACCGUUUACACGGUUAAUGCAUUUCAAACAUUUCUUUAAUGGUUAACAGUUAACUCAUUGAGCCUCAUUAGAGUAAGUAAAACCCACUGAGGUAACAUUUCUUCAAAUAAGAUUGAUACAUGCUCAUUGUAUUCCAAGAAGUACUACAGCUCAGUCUCAAGGGUGAUUUGCUGGCCUUGGUUACCAAGCAACAUACAAACUGUUUGGUACAUAUUUCCAUUGGGGAAACCUAUGCCCGGUGUGAAUAUCAACUUAGUUAAAAAACAGUUAUUGGCCCGUACGGGGAUCGAACCCGCGACCUUGGCGUUAUUAGCACCACGCUCUAACCAACUGAGCUAACCGGCCACGUGAUUUUUCGUGACUAUUACCCAUGAUACAUGACUAAGUCUGAAAACAUAGUUAGUCUGAAGAUGUAUACAAGAA